AUGGAGUGUAAAAAUUAUUGUGUUAUUUUUAUAAUAUUUGCUGUUGCAAUAGUCCAGGCUGUGGGUUAUGAUACAGAACUAUUUGAAACUCCAGCUUGUGAUAGCAGUGCAUGUUUUGAAUCUUUGCAUGGGGCUCUUGGAGAUUGCUCAUGUAAUGUAGAUACAAUUGACUAUUUUAACAAUGUCAAGAUAUUUCCGCGGAUCCAAAGCUUGGUGAGCAAAGACUAUUUUCGUUUCUACAAAGUGAACUUAAAGAAAGAGUGUCCUUUUUGGGCUGAUGAUAGUAAAUGUGCAAUGAAAUAUUGUCAUAUUAAAACAUGCUCUAAAGAAAGUGUCCCUGGCUUUGAUGAAAGUGAGUAUUGGGAAGAAUCUCCAGCACGUAAAUAUUCUAAAGAAGCUCCCAAACUGUGCAGUCAAGAUUCAGAUCAUGACCCAGAUUUAGGAUACCUAAAUAUGACGAUUAGUGCUGCUAGUCAGUUUGAAAUAGCUAAAUGGAAAGCAUAUGAUGACUCUCUUGAGAAUUUCUGUCAGAGUGACGAUAAAGAUGUUGAAGCAGAGUAUAUAGAUCUUUCACUAAAUCUGGAACGAUAUACAGGUUAUAAAGGCCCAUCAGCACACAGAAUUUGGAGAAGUAUCUAUCAAGAGAACUGCUUCCGUCCAAAAACCAAUCCAUAUCAGUCAUUUCCUUACGUCUUGAGUUCAGAUUUAGGAAAUAUGUGUCUAGAGGAGAGAGUGUUUUAUAGAGCUAUUUCUGGUCUUCACACCAGCAUCAAUAUUCAUCUAUGCUCAAAGUAUUUACUAUCAGAGAAAAAAUUAGGAUUUGCUGCCCCACCAGAAGGAGAGUGGGGUCCUAAUUUAGAAGAAUUUCAGAGACGCUUUGACCCUUCACAGACUCAUGGAGAAGGACCAAACUGGUUAAAAAAUCUAUACUUCUUAUACCUUUUAGAGAUGAAAGCUUUGGCUAAAGCAGGUCCUUACCUAGAGAGAGAAGAUUAUUUUACAGGUAAUUCUAAUGAAGAUGAAGAAACAAGAAAUGCAAUCAAGAAUAUGUUGGGAGUUAUUUAUUCUUUUCCAGACCAUUUUAACGAAUCCUUAAUGUUUAAUGGAAGUAAAGCUGCGACUCUUAAAGUGGAAUUUCGGGAGCACUUUUUAAAUAUUUCCAGGAUUAUGGAUUGCGUUGGAUGUGAUAAAUGCAAACUUUGGGGGAAACUACAGACUCAGGGACUUGGAACGGCACUGAAAAUUCUGUUUUCUGGUAAAUGGAACGUUGAGGAAGACCCAGAGCAAGGGAAGUUACCACUGAGGCAUAAAUCCCAUAAGCGGCUUCAGAGAACUGAGAUAGUUGCUUUAUUCAAUGCUUUUGCAAGACUUUCAAAUAGUAUUCGGGAGCUAGAGAAUUUCAGAAGUAUGCUGAGUGGAAACACGAAUCCAAGAAAGAAGAAUAUUUUCGCUGGACCCGACAAAUCAACGGUUGAUAUUAAAACAGAAGAAUGCGUUUCCGGAGGGACGAAGCCUAGAAUUUGGAGUUGA